UUUAAUCCGGCGUGUCUUCGCCACAUUCCAGCCAUGUCGGGCAUCGACCAAAUCGUUAAUGACAAUGCCAAUUCACGGACGCUGGCGCCCAAGGCAGUCUUGUCGCAGUUUGUUCUUAUGACGGUUAUUUCGCUCGUCACCGUCGUCACAUUCAGUCUCCUGCGGCCGAACAACAAGAUCAUAUACGAGCCGAAGUUAAAGUAUCAUGAGGGGAACAAACAACCACCGCGGAUACCCAACUCGACAUUUGGCUGGGUCUCACCUCUUAUCCACGUCAAGGAGCCGGAGCUCGUCGACAAACUCGGACUCGACGCGGUCACUUUCCUCCGCUUUCUUCGCAUGUUUCGAUGGCUCUUCACCGCUGUGGCAGUCCUCUGCUGUGCCGUGCUCAUCCCCACCGAUAUCAUCUAUAACCUGCGUCACGUCAAGAGCAGCAAUCGGGAUAUCUUGUCCAUGAUGACGAUUCGCGGCGUCAGCCACGACUACUUGCUGGUCCAUAUCGCCGCAUCCUAUGUCAUUACGGGGGUGGUCAUGUUCUUCGUCUACGUUCACUGGAAGGCGAUGGUCCGGCUACGCCAAGCUUGGUACCGAUCCCCUGAAUAUCAGGAGACCUUCUAUGCGCGCACGCUCGUCGUGCAGCAUGUGCCGAAGAAGUACCAAUCCGAUGAGGGCAUCCGGGCUAUCUUCGAAUCCUUCCAGGUUCCAUAUCCUACGACGUCGGUCCAUGUUGGUCGUCGUGUUGGUCUCCUGCCUUCCCUCAUCGAGCAUCAUAACGACAACGUCCGGGAGCUUGAACGCUAUCUGGUCCGUUAUCUCAAGAAUGGGCGAAUCGGGAAAAAAAGACCGACGGCUACCAUUGGCGGGUUCCUCGGCUUCGGGGGACAGAAAGUGGACGCUAUCGAUUACUAUGCCGAGAAAAUCCGCGAGUCAGAGGCGAAGGUGGAGGCAUACCGAGCUCAGAUUGAUAAUAACAAACCAGAGAAUUACGGCUUCGCAUCCAUGGCUGCUGUACCCUAUGCCCAUAUUGUGGCCCGGAUGCUGAAGAACAAGAAACCGAAGGGAACAACCAUUCAAUUGGCGCCGAAUCCCAAGGACAUCAUAUGGGAGAAUUUGACCCUAUCAAACGGUGCCAUCGCGCGCAAGAAGACGAUGGGCUUUGUCUGGCUUGGUGUUGUUUGUUUCAUUAACACCAUCCCUCUUUUCGUCAUUUCCAUUCUUGCCAACUUGACGGCUAUAUCCAACUCGGUUGCCUUCCUUGGACAGUGGAAAUCCGCCAGCCCUAAUACAUUCGCAAUUGUUUCUGGUAUCCUGCCACCGGCCGUCUCCGCCCUGUUCGGUUAUCUGCUGCCUGUCAUCAUGCGCUGGCUCUCCCAGUAUCAAGGAGCUCUGACAACUUCUCGACUGGAUCGUGCCGUCGUUGCACGUUACUUCGCAUUCCUCGUCAUCUCUCAGCUAGUGAUCUUCACGCUUAUUGGUGUUGGGUUCAGAGCGGCCGAGAGUAUCAUUCAGGCCAUCGGAAAAAAGAGUUUCAAAGAUAUCAUCGACAAUCUCCACGAACUUCCUGAGAACAUCAAUAACACGUACAUUGAUCAGUCAUCUUAUUGGCUCACAUUCUUCCCUCUUCGAGGCUUCCUUGCCGUGUUUGAUUUGGCCCAAAUCAUCAACCUUCUUUGGAUUACGUUCAAAAAGAGGGUAUUUGGACGGACUCCUCGCGAAGUCCGUGACUGGUGCAAGCCCCCGGACUUCCAAUAUGCAAUCUAUUACUCCAAUACCGUUUUCAUGGGUUGUGUUGCCCUGGUGUUUGCACCGCUCGCACCUUUGGUCGUGGUUGCAGCUGCUAUUGUCUUUUGGAUCAGCUCAUGGGUGUACAAAUACCAGCUGAUGUUCGUUUUCACCACGAAGGUGGAGACAGGUGGACGUCUAUGGAAUGUGGUCAUUAACAGGGUGCUUUUUUCCGUUAUGCUUAUGCAGGCGCUUGUGAUUCUCACCACGGGCCUUGGGUACGGUUGGAAAACGUUCCAAUGGAUAUCUGCUGUCCCCCCAAUCCUCAUCGUCAUGGCCUUCAAGGUGUACCUCAGUCGUACCUUCUCCAACGCUUUCAGGUAUUAUAAUCCGACGGAAGAGGAGAUCAAAAACGCAAGGAUUCACUCUGCGCGCGCUGACGCCAAGGGUAACCGACUUGCCAAUCGCUUCGGACAUCCGGUUAUGCAUUCCGAGUUGUUCACACCUAUGGUUCACGCCAACAUGGUCCCGUUGCUAGCGCAAGUGUUCAACGGUAAGAUUGGCACACAACAAACGAAGAUGGACGAGAUGGGCGGUCAAAGGAUGCAAGCAGCAGUGGUGGGCGGAGGCGUGAAGAUUGCUGGUAUCCAAGAGACUGACCUCGAGUACGAUCCCACACUAUACCAACGAGAUCGUGGAGAACAGGAUUGGGAUGCUCGAUCCUUUGCGACCACGAAUAUCCUCGCAGGGAACGACGGCGCGAGCCUCGCACCCUCCAAAUCGAUGUUCUAUGCCAACGGGCGCUCGGCAUCCCCAGCACCUGGCUUUGACCAUUAUCUCGCAAAUGGCCCGCAACGUGGCGACGGUAGCCAGGAAGCAUUCGAAAUGGCCCAACUCGAGUACGACUCUGGAGCUGACCAACAACCAUUACUCAGCCCUGGCCACAUGUACGCGCAGGCAUCAAGUGCUAGCAGCCUUCCGAGUUAUGCACCCGCAGGACUGCAGUAUCCGUCGCAAUCGUCGUUGUCCAUGAAUCCACCUCAGGCGGGGUACAGGGAAGCGCCUUUGCACCGGCCGUACACGCCUAGCAGACAGGCGUCUGGCUAUUCAUCUGGUGGCGAACCUAACAUGGCUGGAAGGGGUGCCUUCCACAGCUGAACGGAGCUCGCCUCUAAAUUUGGACCUCACCGAAGCCCCGCGCUUCAUCAUGAACCUGCACUAUUUAGCAUCCGCCCUGCACAUUUGUCACAUCAGUCUUUACAUGCUUGCAUUUGCCCACUGCUUUCAUAGAAUCAUCGUGUCACCUUGUCGGUGAUCAUGGACUUCCCUGUAUCUCUGCUACCUUUAGAUUAUUUUUUAUUGCUAAUCCGAAGGCCAUGGACAUGCCACGAUUACAUGCC